UGAGCUGAUCGAAGGAAUGAAAUCGUCAAAGUCAUAGCCGUCAAAUUCAAAGUUAUCAAACUCACUUGAAACGUCUCAACGAGAACAGUUGUCAAAUCAAAUCAAACAAAAUGAACUUCAAAAAAGUCUUCAUCUUCUUGGCUGUGAUGAUUGGCAUUUUCGCAGGACAAACCGCAGGUUCGCUGAUGCCGGUCCCCAGGAAAAUCAAACGUCUUCGUCCAUUCAAAAGGAAUACCGGUACCAUCCUUUCAGGGCUUGCUAUACGGGAGCAAGCCGCUAUUGUUGCCGCCAGGGGUUAAAAAAUAGUUGAAACAUUGUAUUAUUGGUUAUAUAAAAGGUUUUCCAGUAAGAA